AUGCAGCCGGGCAAACCUGAGGAGCACACUGCAGAGGGGCAGCAGCAGCACCAGCAGCAACAGCAGCGGCAAGAGCCCCAAUGCAUGAAGCAGGAGGAGAGCAAUCGCAGUUGGCGCCAGGACCCGGUAGCCAGCGGUGAGGGCGGCCCGGAGAUCGCGGGUUGCUUCUGCUGCUGCUGCAGCGAAGGAAGCUCUCCAGUGUUGUACGGUGGCGUUUGCCUUGCCUCAAGGCCGCCACAGCAGCAGCUGCUGCAGCAGCUGCUCCGGCAGCAGCUGCUGCAGAGGCAGGCUUAG